GUUAUUCUGCUGCACAUAGUGAUAGUCGGCUGAUUGAUGAGUACGUGUUAACCAGACCAAACUGCGGUGAUUUUGACAUGGCUGCGAUAGUUGUAACACUGAGCCCCACCCUUCAUAGGAAUUGUUGAAAGCCAGCCGAACGGAUCGCGUAUGCGGUAGAGCUUGAUGAGACUAUAAAGCUACUCCCAUAAGCAAAAUUCCACCGUGCGUUGAUAAUAGGAAACAGAUGAAGAAAGAAUGUAGCAGGCCUUCCAAAAAAACAAACGUAUGGUUACUAGCAGAGUGAACGGCAACGGGGAGACUUUGUCAUUGACAAUUGGCCACCAAGUUGUAUGAAAACACACCGCUGUGCUAGUCUCGCAGCGGAAUAUUAAGAAGAAUUACUGAGACACACGGUAAAAAUGAAGUACCAGAAGGUGUCCUCCGCGGAGCGACCCCAGCACCUCCAGCAGGAACCGCCGCACCAACCCCCUUCCACCACAUCCACAGCGUCCUAUCCAAUGCAAAAAUGUCUGGGUCUGGAAGAGUGCAGACUUGUCAUGCAUAUUUUCCAUGCCCGAUGAGGUCUGCAAUGCAGCACCUAGCAUGACAGACUCGUCUGCGAAGUCUCUAUCAUGCCUAUCCUGAACUUGGUCGAAAGUGGACAGUUUUUGGCGCUCACGCAGCACAGAUUUUUGCAUGAUUCAAAUUUAGCAUCACAAGUUCCAACUUUGCAGACCCAGACAUAUUUGCAAUGCACACAUCCCCCGAACACCUAACGAACCGGCCCUACCUGCGGGCCGUCGCUGAAACCCUGAAAGCGGCGCUCUGCGUGGUACACCUGCCCUCGCCGGUGGUGGAGCGGCAAAACCACCGUCCCGAGGUCGAGGUGCAGGAAAUGCACCCAGACUGCAGGCUGAAGCCCGUCGUAAUUGCUCGAGACGAGAACGUAUGGAUUGCCAAUAGGUCUGGGUCUGGAAGAUUGCGAGAUUUGUCAUGCUAGUCUGGCAUGACUCUGAGCUCUGUAUUGCGUGGGCACCAAGUAGAGGUCCUCUGGCCUGUCAUGCACAAGCGCAGUUUCUCAUGCGAAAUACACAGCACAGAAGCACGAAAAAAUUUGUAAUGCUUGGCGGCGCAUUACGGAGCACUUAUUCUUCACGGGCUUGCAUCACAAGUUUCCAGACCCAGACAUAUUUGCAACCCAUAGAACGAGAAGUGCCAAGUCGAGGUGACCAUCAACAGCGUCCGUGCCAGCUUUCGCUUCCGCAAGGCGGACGAAUUGGAGGAGGCUUUGGUGCGGCAGUACACAAAGUUCCUGACUUAUGCUGUGCAAAAGUAUCGUACUCGUAGUAAUCCUAAUCGCAGUUAUGCAUUACAAAUCUCCAUCCCAAGGCAAAAUAGCAUGACAAAUUCCAUUUGUCAUGCUGAGCCAAUUUGUUGUAAAUGCGAUUACUACUAGUACGAUACUUUUGCAAUGCAUAUGACUUCGCGGACGUCGACAUUUUCCAGCAGUGGCUCAACAUCGGGGUGCAGUUUUGACGUUCUCCGCAAGACACCGCUGCCGGGGUGGGAUCUGUAUCCUAUUGAAAAACGUCCCCACCCCAUAGUUGUAAUGCAAAUCUGCAUGCUGAAAAUGUUUCUCAUGCGGAGCCCCAUGAGAAGCAGUUUCUAGCGGUGUUUUGCAUUUUGUUAUGCUCCAAUCAGCAUGGUAUGCUAGAUCUGUGAUGCUGCUGAGCUGGCUCAAACAGCACUACACUACGAAUCCAAAUUUGUCAUGCAAAACAGCCAAAACUUGUGGAUUUGUCUAGCCGAUUCCCCAUCUUGACUAUGGUGUGGGGACGUUUUUACUCAGGAUAAUCUCACCUUCUUGCUUACGGCACACGGCAUGCAGGGUGGCCACCUGUUGCAGAUGCAACACUUGCAUUCGCUGCUGCAGGUCCAGCACGACCGGGGCCGCGGGACAACUUUUCGUGCAACUACUACCGGUGACCUCGCGCGGAACAGCCACGUGUUUGGCGGCGGCGAUGCAGACGAACUGAUGCAGGGCGGCACGGCGGCUCCGGACGUCGUCAUGCGCGACGACGGCGCGGACGAUCAGUGGGAAGGCCUGCGGGAGGAAGCUGCCUCCCUGAUGAACCAUAUGAAAGUACACAACUCCCCCUCCCCCUCAUUGGUCAUGCAAAAUACCCAAUCCACCCUUUGCCUCUUGGCACUGGGAGCGGGUGUCCACUACAUGACGAUGAUGGCACUGUUUGCAUGACAAGUUCUAGUAGCCCAAGUAGCACUACAAUCCAGUGCAAAUUUGUCAUGCAAAACCGGCAUUCUUGCUGAUGCUUGUGUUGCCCUUCAUGCUAUACAAAUGAGGGCGAGGGGGAGUUGUGCACUGUCAUAAACCAGCCGAAAGAGCGACUACUCGAGGCCAUCCUCGGGUUCCUGGAGGACUUCGACCGCGACGUGAAGGACAUGAAGCUGACGCUCAACUCGCACCUGCGCCGCGCCGUUUCGGGGUACGCGGAGUGGUGCGACGACAUCGGACGCAUGGUGGACCAAAGCUCUUGGACCGACGACCGGGCGUGCGGGGAAAUCGGCGGCGAGGACGCUGUAGAGGACGGGGCAUCAUCUCCGCGUCGUGGUCCCUCUUCUGCCCGACCCGGCGAAGACGUCGAUACCUGGGCCGCACUCGUUGCACGGGCGCUGAGCAAGUAGACCACGAGGCACGGGUGGAAUAAUUAAAGGCAACGAUUGUCUUCUGCCGAGGAGGGGGUGUAGUUCGUUGCCCGGAGAAUUCUCAUUCUGCUUCUGCAGAAGGACGCACGGGGGAGAACGACGAGAAAAGCCAACGACGAUCGUAGUAUUUCAAGAGGAGAACCCUGAUCGCGGUUUCGACGAGGCACUCCAUUGUACUGCAGUAGAUGAAACACAUCAACAUCCGAGAACGCUUGGUGUCGUGAAAAAGAGGUUUAAAUUGUCCGAUUUGAAGAAGAAAGGUAAAUCUGAAGCGUGCCAGCACUCGAGGAGCCUCCUCGGUUUCUCGCUGAAAAUAAUAAACCACGG